UUGAAUCUGGCGGGACAGAAAAGACGGAGGUCCGCCAUCUUGUCUGCAGGUUGGACUUGCGGACAUCGGGACAGAGGAAGAAAGGCGGAAAAACACAAGAGAACACAAGCGAUGCACCCGUCUAUAAUCAAGGGUGGAGGACAGUUGCAGAGCACCUCCCCCCACAGCUGGGCACAGUUUGGUUGUCCUCUGUGCCCCAAGUUCAGCACCACACAGGGAGAGACAUUACGGAGACACCUGGGGGCCCACGUACAGAAUGCAGUGCAUCUCCAAGACACUAUCAUUUGCAGAUGCAACUUGUCGUGCAGAGACACGGGUCAUUACCACUGUCCAAACUGCGCAAAAACAAUCGUGCGCAAAAGAGAUAUCACGUCACACGUGACUGGAUGUCAGAGACCAUGUGAUAAAGUGCCACCGCCAUGUGAAACAAUCUCCUCUCAGUCAGCUGACGUCAGCCAAUCUGCACCUUCAUCAUCAUUGGUCUUCACUCCCUGUGCUUCCCAAGAGAAGUCCGCAAACUCUCCAGGAUGCACAUCUUCAAAACCUGACUCGGAGCCUAACUCUCCCCUAUCUGCUCCAGAGGAUUCAAUCACAAAUGAAGACCACUGUUACACACUUUCUCCCAAAGCUUCGCUCCUGUCCCCUUCUGUUUCACCACAGUCUUCUCCACCACCCUCAGCCUCACCCCUAAAGGCCUCUGAGUUGGAUUUAUCACCCAGGGACGAAGUCAGUGCUGCUGCUACUGCUGCUACUGCUGCACGCUCUGAAACAACAGAGCUGACAUGUUUUCGUGUGGCAAAUUUGAAAUCAGUGAAGUGUCCUCACUGCUCCAUUGUUCUUUACAAAAAAAAUCUGUCAGUACACAUACAAAGGAAGCAUGCAAUGCUAAAGGACAUCACAGGUUCAUCUCACCUGGAAUAUGUUGAUAGAAAUUGUAGCACAGGGACACCGGUACCAAGCAGAGGUCACCUGAGCCGGGGGGAGUCAGUUGUUAUCAUCUUAUUAAAAAAAAUAAACAAAUGACUGAAUAAAUAA